AUGGAAGCCUUUCUGCUUAAAGUGGAGAUGCUUGAAUGGACCCUCUCCAUGCUACCUGUCGAAGACCUGUUACGCUACGAGCGCAUCUCAAAGCGUUGGUGCGAACUGAUCAGGGACAAUCAAAAUACUUCCAAGACACUAUUUCGGUACCGGCAAUCUAUGGCAGAGCAGAUCGAUUCAAACCUAAGGGAUGCCUUCCUAGAAAAGAAAUGGUUGGAUCAUGGUGACAGUCGUCCCACCAGAUCGGAAGUACUCGCCGACUGUAUCGCACACCCUCUUCUGAGUCGCUUCUUCGGAUUACCAGAGUCUAGCUCCAUUGCUGCUUUCAACAACCCCAAACUCCCCUACAUCAGGUGCUGGCACCUCCUUCGUACCCUCAACAGACGGAUUGGAUUGCCCAAUCCAGACGCAUCUUGGCGACGAAUGUUCAUAACGUGGCCUCCACUCAAGGAGAUCGAAUUACACGUCAGCUAUAGGCUUCACGAUGAUCAGCCGAACAAGGAAAAACCCAAAGUCAUCAAGAUCUCUGAGCCUGAAGGUAUCACGCUGAAUCACUUCUUCUAUGCCCUUUCUGGUUCUGCAAUACUGAAAUGGGGGCGUACUGCAAGUUCGAUAAUGGAAUGGAACAAGGCAAUCACCGAAAGUUGGUUCACGAAAAAGUACAGGGGUAUGCGUAUCAGGAUCGUUCCGAUAAUCCGUGUGAAAGAGGUGGCGCAAGAGACUGCUGCGAAAGAGGCAUGA